AGUCUCUGUCCUCCCAGGCACAGCGCCUCUCCGCCCGGAGGCGGCAGUUCAGCCCGGAGGGCGAGGUGCUCCCCGCGUCCUCCCCGCGUCCGCCCUCCGCUCGCCUGCUCAGUCCCAGCGGACGAGGUCGGCGUAGUGCGCCGAGGGGCCGAGCGGGCGCAGCCGGAGCCCGACCCGGUCCCUCCCUCCGUCUGGAGGCGACACCCGCCCUCUGCGCCCGAGCGCGGUGGACCAUCGGGUGACAUCACCGCUGACAUACUCCGGCUACGGACCCUGCGUUGGCGAAGCCUCCGUCCGUGUGCCGGGCUCCGUCGCCGCCGGAGAGGGCUUCUGGCUUCCCAGGAGCAGAGACCGGACCGGGGGAGGCGGGAGAGCCGGGGCGAGCGAAAGGGACCCGGCGGGCGGCGACAUGAGAUUCGGUGCCGCACACUACCUGCUGCCCCUCUUACCCGCGCUGGUCCUCAGCACCAGGACUAUGAAGAGCUUGAGAAACAGCUGAAGGAGGUCUUUAAGGAGAGAAGCACAGUCCUGCGUCAGCUGACAAAAACAUCCAGAGAACUGGACGGGAUCAAAGUCAACCUUCAGUCUUUGAAAAAUGAUGAGCAGUCUUCCAAAACAGAUGUUCAGAAACUUCUGGAGCUAGGCCAAAAGCAGAGAGAAGAAAUGAAGUCCCUCCAGGAAGCCCUGCGGAAUCAGCUUAAAGAGGAAUCCGAGAAAGCAGAGAAGCACCAGGCCACCAUUAAUUUUUUGAAGACUGAAGUUGAAAGGAAGAGUAAAAUGAUCCGAGACUUACAGAAUGAGAAUAAAAGCUUGAAAAACAAACUAUUGUCUGGAAGCAAGCUGUGUGGGAUUCAUGCAGAAGAGUCAAAAAAAAUCCAAGCCCAGCUGAAGGAACUCCGUUAUGGCAAGAAAGAUUUGUUAUUUAGGGCCCAACAGCUUACUGAACUGGAACAAAAGUUAGCUGUAGCCAAAAAUGAACUUGAGAAAGCAGCUCUUGACCGGGAAUCCCAGAUGAAAGCAAUGAAAGAGACCGUACAGCUCUGCUUGACUUCUGUUUUCCGUGAUCAGCCUCCUCCUCUGAGUCUCGUCCCCUCAAAUCCAGUACAGAUGUUACAUCCAGCCAGGACGACUGCUGCCAAGAUUCCAGAUGCAAGGACGAAAAGCAAGCCUCAAGAAAAUGCUCCUGGAAACCCAGAGAGCUCUCCAGUUCAGACAGCGAAGGAAGAAAACCAGAGAUCAGCUGCAUGUGACUCUCAAGAUGAGGGAAGGUCUUGUCCCAUGAAGCACAAGGAGACUCACCCAAGAAACAUCACUGCAGAAUCAGAACUGGCAACACAGAAAUUGCAAGUGACUCCUUGUUCUGAAUGUGUGGAGAAAAAAGCCCCAGAGAAACAAUCAGCCAACUUUGAUGGAAAUCCAGUUAGAGAAGAAAAAAUACUGUGAACAACAGACACAGCAUCAAAAGUUCUCAAUUUCUAUUGUCUUCACAGUUUUUAAACUAGAUGCUUGAAGGAAAUACUAUGUUUCUAAAGCAUGCAACUUUUCCAAAAUUUUAUGUAACUUUGUAACAUAGACUACAAAAUUUCCAAAAGAUUCCAGACCAAUUAUGAACAUUAGCAAUAAUCUAAUGAAGAGAAUUUCUGCUGUCAUACAUCUUUAAAUGUAAUCACUAAGUUACCCAGUAUAAAUUGGUCUGUUUUGAGCUAAAAUGCAACUAUAACACUUUCUUCUUGGUCUUUGGAUGGGUAUACAGUAUGUUUAUGGUCUAGUUGCUAAUAUCAACAGGAGGAUGAUCAACAUAAGUUCCCAGUACUUUUAGAAUCCAAGUCCCAGGCAUAUGUUGAAGGCCUUCUUCCACAGUAGCCAGCUGAGACCAUUCCUUCAAAGGUUGGAAUCUGCUGCCCAAAUACAUUAUUUUUAGGCAUUAAUGGUUGUACCCAUCAAUUUGAAGUAAUAACCAUUUUGUAUGAAUUAUAUCGUUAAUUCUGCCUGAUUAGGUUACUUAUCAGAAUCCAUUACUUAUAUGUGAUAUGAUGUUCAUGUAGAUUUUUGAGUAUGAAAGAUGGAUUUCUGUCAAAAUUCUUAAAAUUUUACAGACUUUAUGUAUAUUUGGUGAUAUUGUUUCAAAUUUGGAAUCAGGGUGUCUAAAGCACGAGCAUAACGUUUUCCCAAUGUUUGACAAUGGAUUGUAUAAUGGGGAGAAAGUUAUGGAAGAAUAGCAUGCAAGGUAGCCACAGAUAUUUCAGAAUGGGUAUUUGAUGAAUGCAAAUAGCCAGGAAUCUAAAACCAGUAAACUUUAAUAAGCAAAACAAAUUCAUGAAUUUUUAAACCUUGAAGAUAGGAUAGUAUAUGAUUUUCACUAUUCAAAGUGCCAACAUGGGCAUAAUAAAAAAACUGAACAUAUAAUCAAGAAAAAUGGGUACUUGAUUAAUAAUCUACUACAGCCUCAACUUGGUACAGAAAAGUGAAUGAAGUCAGGGAGUUCACAUUGAGUAUACCUAAUUCCUCUGUUUAAAUAUAUUUAGAGAAUUCAGAAAAUAUUAAACACGUGAUUUAAGAGAAUGAAUCUGUCAAGCCCCAAUUAACACCCAUAGAGUCAAAAUAGAUUAACAUGAAUCUGUAACAAGUGUAAGUGUUUAAUUUUCAGAAUACCAUAUAUGUGGACACAGUGGCAUAUUUAAAGAUAUGCAGUGAGCUCAAGAAUUGAACAGUAUCAUCAACAACCAAAGCAAUAUCAUGGUUUAUGUAUUCUACUUGAAAAGUAGAAUGCAUUCUUUAUCAGUAUUAUUGCACAUCAGGUCUUUCCUAAGAGAAGUAAUUCUAGAGGUGAUCCAUAGGUAAAUUGGCCUAGAUAAUAUAUGAUUAGUAUCCAGAAUUCCAAUUCAGUCCAUCCCCAGUUUCUUAAUAAUUUAAUAGAUUUACAGAUGUCCAAUUUAUUAAGACAAUAUCACUUGUAGCCUGUGCUGGCUUCAAUAUUACUAUAAAGCGGAGUAUGAAUUUGAACCUCUGAUCCUCUUCCUUCCACCUCCCAAGUGCUGGGAGUUGCAGGUAGUGAAUUUGAAUCAUCAUAAUAUAUUUUCCUCUUUAACAUAACCUUACACAUCCACAGGGUUCUCUGUAGGAUAUUUGUUAUAGUAUUUGCCUCUAUAUUAAACAAACAAACAAAAAACAACCCUGGGACUCAAUAGAUGACUACAUAGUUAAGAGCACUGCAUCCUUUAGUAAAUGAGUAGAGUUCACUUCUCAGUACCCAAACGACUGCUAACAACUAUCUAUAACUACAGUUAAAGGAAAUUUGAUUAUCUCUUCUGACCUCAGUGAGCAUUGUAUUCACAUGGUGUGCUUGCACACAUGCAAAUAUAACACUCAUAUACAGAAAAUAAAAGUAAAUUUAAAAUGAAAAAACAGGAGAUUUUUAUAACUAUUUUAAAGGAACAUUACAGGCACUCCUUUUUCCUUUCAAUUGUUAAGUAGGUUGUUCUUUAAUAUGAUUUAUGACUAUUUGUGAUGAAUGAAUUUUAUUUUCCUCUCUCUAGUUAUCUUAGACUUUUAUUUGCUUUGAGAUGGGAUCAGAGAGGCUUAAACUGAUUUACUUCUAUAUGCAGUUGCUCUUUACAAGAUAGACAUCAUCUUGCAUUCUUACCUAGCAGUGUUACAAAUAAUGCUGUUUUUGAAAGUUUGCUGUUGAGACACUGACCAUUCUCAUAUGGUAAGGACAUUAACUGAAGGAAUGACAAUACAAAGUGUGAUUCUGUCAGGUACUUGGAUGUUAAGUGAAGAAAUACAAUUUAUAUUUUACAGAAUGGAAAUUGAUUCUUCUUCAAACCCUACCAUAGUUUCUGAUGAAAUAAAAACUGUCCUCCAACAAUAAGAAUAAUUUUUCUCUAUUUUAAAAUACUAAUUAAAUUUAAAAUUUUAUUAAAUAUGAUGUAUUCAUUUGUAAAUUAGAAAUUUGUUUUGAGUCUUCUCUUUCACUUUAUGUUCAUAAAAUAUGUCAAUUGAAGUUGUGCCUAGGAUUUGUGAGCCCUUAAUGAGCACUAACUUUCUGUCUAAGAAGUUCUUAGAAGAGUGAUGUUAGUCACCCAUUUAGAUGCAGAUGUCUUUGUAAUUUAAAAAAAUCUAAAUGCUAAAUAUACCACUAGCUAGCAUUUUUCUGUCUGAACAGUUACUUAGCAUCAUACUGCUAUUUUACUCUUGAUUCUGUUUCAUAAAAUAUACUACAUUACAUAUACUUUUGUGUAGAGUAGACAUUUACUGUUUUAGGUGGAAAAAGCAUAUACCUGGAUAGAAACUAAAUUUGUGAACUUUGCUACAAUGGAAUCCUUUAUUUUUAUAGCUCAGGUAGUAUAAUUAGCACUAACUGCAUCAGAGGUAGGAAAUAAUGAUUGCAGGCAUGACAGUGAGCUGGCAGAAUGUUCAUGAUGCUUGUAUGUAGGGGACAGUAUCUCAGUCAUGAAUAGUCUCAAGUCCCUAAGCUCUGUAUCCAUCUGGAUUUUAACAAAUAAUAUUAUUGGUCAAGUGAAAAAUAAAAAGUGCUAAAAAGUG